AUGACUGAAGAAGAAGCUCCAGCUCCUCCUCUCACAAUUGAAGAGGAAGUCAAGCUCCUAACAGUCCAAAAUACACGAAAUCUAUUUCAACUUUUAAUUACUCGACCUCAAAAAGAAUUAAACAAAAAACGAAAUUUUGUUGACAGAGAUUCACAUUUAGGAACAGAAGGUCUCGUUGAAUACCGUUCAUUUAAGGAUCCUAACUAUGAUUUAGUAAGGGCAACCUUAGAUUGCGCGAUUCAAAGCUCAGAACAAACAACUGAAGUCUCUUCGCAAACCCCAUGGUGUCGCAAAGUAAAUUCGUCAGCACAAACAAUUCCUGUUACGUUUUUGCCCGAAUUACGUCAAUCUAUUCAAGAGCAGGAAGAUUUCUUGCAAUUUGCCCAUAAAAUUGCCGAAAGAGUCUCUCCUGUACUUGAAUCAAAUGUAUCCUCCGAUGUCUUUCAAGAUCAAUUGGCAAAUCUCAAAGCAUGCGAUGAUUCUCUCGUCAAAUCAUUCAGCGUUUCACAACUCAAAGAAUUCUUAUCUCUUAAAGAUGCUAGGUUUAGUAGCCCAGUUACAUGCAUCGAUGUGAUGCCAGGUUCGAAAGAAACCGUUGGUAUCUCAUUUGCUUCAUCUACUUCGUUUGAUCAAUAUAUGAAACGAUCUGCGAAUGCUCCAGUUGAACAUAUCUUCAUCUGGAACUUCCAGGCAAUUUUACAUCCACAAUAUGUAUUAGAAUCUCCAUCUGUCGUAUUAUGCUUUAAGUUUUGUCCUCACAACCCUAACAUUGUUGUUGGUGGUUGUGAAAAUGGUCAAGUAUUACUAUGGGAUAUAUCAGAUGAAAAGACAAAGAUCAGUGCUGAUCUUAGAACUUCAUAUUCAACAGAAGAUUCAUUCUCUACAUUCUACCACCCGAAGUAUGCAUCAACAUUCUUCGGACCAAAUCUUACUCCAUCAAAAUCUCACACUCAACCAGUUUAUGAUCUUAAAUUCUUACCAAAGACACAAAAGUUUACUCGUAUCGGUGAAGUUGUUCAAUGCGAAAAUACAACUCAAUUUGCUACAAUUUCUGUCGAUGGACAUCUCAUUAUUUGGGAUAUUGACAUUGAUGAAUCUACAUGUGCACCAAAUACUCAUGCACUCCUUCCAGGAGCUUCCCUAACAAAUGAAUGGCUCCCAACAUUCAAUAUGAACCUCUUCAAGUCAGCCAAAGAAAACAUUUAUUAUCCAGGUACUAUUUUCGGCUUACUUACGGACAACAACGGAGCAUUUACAGGUGAUUGCCGUUUCGUUACCGAAUACGGUGACGCUUGUGCAUUCAAUUGGAUUAACGGCCCAGAUAAGACAGUUAUCGGCCGUCAGAACCCAUACAUCUCCAGCAGCCAACAGCUGAUGUACCAUACAGCUGUAGGUUUCGUAGAGAACCCAUUUGUCCACGGACUCUUCGUUGGAUGCGAUAGAUGCCAGGUAGUUUUGGCAGAUCUUACAAAUGAAGUCACAGAAUUAUUCCGUAGUGCAGCAAGACAUCAUCCAGCUACUUGUGUUGCAUUCAGCCCUACAAGACCAAGUGUUUUCGUUGUUGGAAAAGAAAACGGUGAUAUCGAAGUUUGGUCAAUCCUCGACAAAUCCCAUGAAUGCUUAUUCUCGCAGUCUGUAGCCAGUAGCAGAGUCUCCAGCUUAGCAUUUGGAACAGCUAAGACCGGAGUCCAAUUAUUAUGUAUCGGAUGUGGAGAUGGCACUUUAAUGAUCUUCCAGGUGCCAAGCUUCAUGUCUAACCCUGCCCCGAACGAGGAGGAACAGCUUAGAACAUUCGUCGAGCAGCAGAACAAGUUCGUUGCUCAGACAAGAGAAAGAUUCAACGCUCGCGGUGGAGGAAACAAGAAGACUGAGCAGGUUAAGGCUGAAGGACAGGCAGAAGGCGAAGAAGAAAAGGCUCCUGAAGAGGAAGAUGAUGGUGAGAAGGUCGAUGUUGAGUUAGUUCAGUUCGAGAAAGAAUAUGCUAAGAUUAUUAAAGAGUUUGAAGAGUUCGAGAAGAAACAAGAUGAUGAAUAA